UAGGGCCGAUCAAACAAGUCCCUGGAAAAGUAAUCUUGACGAUAAUCAGUGCAAGUACGUCCAUUCUUGACGCUUUUCUCAUUCGAACAAAUUCAAGAGUUCCAACGGCAAUGUCAAGUUGCACGAUUGAAUAUAAUCUCUUAGCAGAACUCGAAGUAGGAGAUGAAGUGAAUCAAGAUGUUUCGGUUUGGUUCAGCGCUCUGAAAACGAGUGAAAGAAGAAUAUAUCAUGAAGGCCGCCCUCGGCCGGGCGAUCUUCUUAUGCACAAGGAUCGAAGACACUUCAAACCCAUGAAGCAAUACAGGCAAAGAUUACCUCGAAGUCCGGACGAGGAGUUUCCCUUCGAAAUCUCCUGCGUGUUAUUUAUAUCUCCCGAGUCAUCGGCCGAUCGAGGUGUCGCCAUCAAGAAAGAAUCUGGGGGCGUUUUCUGGCGCCAAUUCACAUGCUUCUGCGAUUCAUGGGAUUCGGGUCAUGGAGAUAGCAAGGAUCCCUUUCUUGUCAUGAUUUUUGGCAGACGACAAGUGGAAUUGGUCAACACCCAAGCUGAUCCCUCGUGCAUGUUGCUUUAAAUUCCUUUGUAGUAUGUCUCAAAUAACGCUUUUUUGAAUUGGCCAACACAAACGCAUCAUA